GUUGGAAUCAACAAAAAAUUGUAGAUUGAAAAGAAUUCAAACUGAACUUGAUUAUUCUAUGUGCUGAUCAUGAUUUUUAUAUCUUAAUAAAGUGUGUUUUGUUGGUUGCGUAAAGUCAAAUAAAGGAGAGCAAACAGAAAGGAAUAGGAGGAAGAAAAAGACUUAACACAAAAAAAAAUCAAAGCAAAGGAGACGAAAAGAGGAAGGAGAAAGAGAAAGACGGAAGGAGGACAUACAUAUAUAUAUAUAUCAAAUAACUAAAGAGUUAUAUUCUCCGGCUUACAAAUGAUGGCUGUGGAAUUAUUUGGAUCGCGCGUUUCAACGUGCUUAAUAUCCAUCUUACUUAUAGUGUACGGAAGUUUUCGUAGUCUAAACAUGGAACAAGAGGCACGCGAAAAAGAGAAGAAACGACAAAGUGAAAGUUCCAAUAAUUUAUUAACAGGCGAGCCUAUAAGCCAAGAGCAAAUAGAUUCUGGAUUUGCGACGCUUGAUGCAACACAUGCACUAUGUCUCCCACUCGGUGCAUCAAUCUCAUUACUUGUGAUGUUUUUCUUCUUUGACUCAAUGCAAAUGUUGUUUGCAGUAUGUACGGCAAUUAUUGCGACAAUUGCACUUGCAUUUCUUCUACUGCCCAUGUGUCAAUACAUUAUGCGACCUUGCUCUGACGGAAAUAGAAUAUCGUUUGGCAUAUGUGGACGAUUUACGACAGCUGAAUUAUUUAGUUUUACAUUAUCACUAACUGUGGUGUGUAUUUGGGUAUUAACUGGUCAUUGGCUAUUGAUGGACGCAAUGGGAAUUGCAUUAUGUGUUGCAUUUAUCGCUUUUGUACGACUACCUAGCUUAAAGGUAUCUACACUUUUACUCACUGGACUAUUAAUUUACGAUGUCUUUUGGGUAUUUUUCUCAUCGUAUAUUUUCUCAACUAACGUUAUGGUUAAAGUAGCAACAAGACCGGCAGAGAAUCCCGUUGGGCUCGUUGCAAGAAAGUUAAAUUUAAGCGGAUUAGUUCGAGAGCCACCAAAAUUAAAUUUACCUGGCAAGCUUGUAUUUCCAAGUAUGCACAAUAGUGGACAUUUUUCGAUGCUCGGUCUAGGAGACAUUGUGAUGCCUGGCUUACUUUUAUGUUUCGUUCUUCGAUAUGAUUCAUAUAAAAAGUCACAGAACACGAUGACAGCAGAAGCUGGAGUGCCACCACCAAGAUCAAUAUUAGGCUCAAAAAUUACGUAUUUUCAUUGUUCCUUACUAGGGUAUUUCCUGGGUCUGCUGACGGCAACUGUAAGUUCAGAGGUGUUUAAACAGGCUCAACCAGCACUUUUAUAUCUCGUUCCAUUUACAUUACUUCCACUCCUUACAAUGGCUUAUCUGAAAGGAGAUCUCAGGCGAAUGUGGACUGAACCAUUUUCAAACUUGCCACCAGGAUCAAAUUUAUCAAAGCAGCUCGAAGUUUAAGUUGAUAGAAUAUAUGAAGCAAAAUACAAAACAAAGUAAUGAUAAUAAUUUAGUCACACAGUAUUUUUGUUCAUUGAAACGUUGUAAAUAGUAAUGAUUUUCACCGACGGACAUAAGCUUUUCUUUUGUUAAGUAUUAUUACAUCACAUUAACUCUUAUACACAAGCAUCACGUUACUAACAAGAAACUGAAGAACAAAAAUAGGAUUUUUUUAACAAAUUUAUCUCAUCGAAAAGAGAAGGAAAUUGAUAAUUGAGGCUUAUGGACACUUGUUGAAUUAUUGUGAUGGAAAAAGGGAGGUUUGAAUUUUUAAUUCUAGAGAAACUCCUAAAA